GUAGGAGGGUGAACGGCGAUGGCGGAGGUGGCUGGGGCGCUGGAACGCGGGGAGCCGGGCGAGCCCCGGCGUCUCGCCUUGUACUUCUGCGGGAGCAUCCGCGGCGGCCGCGAGGACCAGGCGCUGUACGCGCGGAUCGUGUCGCGGCUGCGGCGCUUCGGGGUGGUGCUCACCGAGCACGUGGCGGCUGCGGAGCUGGGCGCGCACGGGGGAGAGGCUGCUGGGGACGACAGGCUGAUCCACGAGCAGGACUUGGCCUGGCUGCAGCAGGCCGACGUGGUGGUGGCAGAAGUGACGCAGCCAUCCUUGGGCGUAGGCUACGAGCUGGGCCGGGCCGUCGCCCUCCAUAAGCGAGUCCUGUGCCUGUUCCGCCCACGGUCUGGCCGAGUGCUGUCGGCCAUGAUCCGGGGAGCAGCAGACGGCUCGCGGUUCCAGGUGUGGGACUACGAAGAGGGAGAGGUCGAGGCCUUGCUGGAUCGAUACUUCGAGGCUGGUCCUUCUGAGCAGGUGGCUGCCUUCCCUGACCCCACUGCCUGACUCAGCGCACCUGAUCAAGUUCUAAUCCCCGACACUGCUCUAGUACCAUUCCUGCCCCGGCCCUAGUAGCGAAUUAAAAGUCAUAGGCCUCAUCAUCGUCCUCCUCGUCACCAAAGAAGAAAGUCUCCCGGCCCAGGUUCUCGGACUCCUCAUCAUAGGAGAAGCUGUCGUUGUCCAACUCCUCGUCAAACUCG